UUUUCACAUUUGCAUGUUUACUAUUCACAUCAAUAGGUCAAAAACAACCUGCCACCGAACGUUUCCAUGGCAACGCGUACAUCAUUCGAAUUCGACGACGGUUCAGACGCUUCGGUGAUGCAUCCAUCAUGUGAAUCUGUCAACAUAACCGAAGGAGACGGGAUACCACCUUUCGUCUUCGUUAAAUUAGAGGAACAAUCCACAGUAGACGAGACGAACGGGACAGUUAAUAAGCAGGAACAGCCAAUCGUAGACGAGACGAACGGGAUCUUAACCGGUACAAAUGGUGACCGAGAUCAAGUGCCAAACCAUAACAAGGAUCCACCUGCGAAGGAAACUAUCUCGGAUGAAUGGAAGUUCUUGAAAACGAUCCCUUUUGAGAACGUUGAGCCCCUCGUUAAAUCCUUGGAAUAUGGAUUUCGCUACAAAACUCCAAAUAGGGGAUCCAAAGGAGUAACGCGCUUUUACAACUGCCGUCGAAUAAAGGUGCAUGCCAAGGUCCAGUGCAAUCGGAAGGUCAUGGUGUUCAUUCCUAAUACCGAGAAGGAUGAGUGCAGCGUGAGCAUUAAAGGACAGCACACCUGCAACGAUAUGGUCUCGAAGUCGAUGGCGAAAAUGCCCUUAAAGCAGGAGGAUUACAACACUAUCAACCAUAUGCUUCGUGCUGGGUUGCCGAAAAAGGAUAUAAAGAAGCUACUGAAGGCGCGAAACAGCCACCUCUCAACCAACAGGUUAAACUACGCGGUGAAGAAGGCUUCUGAUGAGAUCUAUGGCAGUGGCACAUUGUCUUUGGGUGAGCUCGAAGAGUGGGCCACAUCGAACUCGGCCGUGCCACCAGACCAGGAGACACCAUUUGUAAUCGGCCAUGAUAUAGAUCAUGAGAACGGUCGUUUCCGUACAGUGUACAGCAGUAGAAAACUAUUAGCUUUGUUCUCGUCGUUUGACACUAUUGCUGCAGAUUGUACCUACAAGACAACGCUUCAGGGAUACCCUCUGAUGGUGAUCUGCGUCAUUGACCGAAUGCGCCACGCCCACCCGGUGGCAUUUGCCACUGUCACAAGGCAGGAGGAGGUGGAUUAUGCGUUCGUUUUUGCUACAAUUGCAGGUAGAUGCAAAGAUUUCGGCAUUCCAGUGGCAGUGGCGACGUUCAUCUCUGACGGAGAAAUCGCGCUGAAAAAAGCUGUGCUUGCUAUUUUUGGGCCAAAUACUCAGCUAGUUAAUUGUUAUUUUCACGUCAUGCAGAAUGUGCGGAAGCAUAUGAAGAAAACCAAGGAGUUCGCAAAAGAGCAAGUAGAGCAAAUCAUGAAAGAUAUCAGUCGCAUGCAGGUCUCGCCUACGAAGCGGCACUUCGAGCUGGCAUGUGAGUUAUUUAAGGCGAAGUACCUGCAUUUCGUUGACUUCGUAAGCUUUUUCGAGAAGUACAUGCUAGACGAAUUCUUCCGUAACUGGUACGAAGCGUUCGUGCCUGGAUGUCCAGCCACAAAUAAUGCCUUAGAGGCGGUAAACAGAGCCAUUAAAGAGUGCCACCUUAUGAAGGAGCGAGUGCCGUUCAGCGUUUUCAAGACUCGGAUUUUGACCGUCCUGGAGCAGUACGGAGCGCCAAAUCGAACGGUGAAGCGUACAAGAGAGUACGGCUUGUGCACAGAAAGGAAAGCCUAUGAUUGGUUGCAAAGUGAGCGAAAAUGCAGGACAGUAAACCAUUGGGAUGAUGGAAAAGUCUACGUGUUUUUCCCGGGGCAGGAGAAAACUGACGUUUCCGUGCACGAUAUUGAUGUUUUCCAAAACCCGAGGUACGCGAACUUUGAGGAGUUCAGCCGAAAUAUUGGUUUUAUCCACCGGGUCGAAGCCACGGCCGUUGACUGGCAGGAUUGGAAUUGUACGUGUUACACGUUUUUUAAAACGAACACAUGUCACCACGUUGUAGUGGCUGCAGUGACCCGCGGACGAUACAAACUACGGGCCGAGGCCAACACGUCGUCGCUUACCAUCAAACGGCCGCCUGGUAGGCCGAAGCAGAUGAGCAAAGCCUUGAUCGUUGAUUAGAUAGUCUAUGAUUCGAUUCCAUCAAGCAAUAUACUAUUAUUUUUAGCUGCAAACAUCUUGUUAAGUUUUACUAACUAACUGUAUAAUUUGUUAAAAUAACAUAACUAAUGAGCAAAAAUAUCAGCAAAAUAAACAUCUGGAAC